AUGGAGGCGGUCAGCCUGCCUGUCUACGUGCUGGGGUCCCUGCUGCUGCCUCUCUUGGCCGUGUUGCUGAUGGCUCUGUGUGUGCGUUGCCGGGAGCUGCCAGGCUCAUACGACACUGCCGUCUCCGAUAGUUUGACCCCAAGUAGCAUCAUGAUCAAACUGCCUCCCACACUCGUCCCACGGCCAUCGACCACUCCCUACCCGCUCCCGAGCCAGCCAGACCUGCUCCCCAUCCCAAGGUCCCCGCAGCCCCUCGGAGGCUCCCACCGUAUGGCGUCAUCCCGGCAGGACUCAGAUAGUGCCAACAGCGUGGCCAGCUACGAGAACGAGGGUGUGACUGGGACCCCUGUGGCCCCGGCUGGGAGGCGGCUGAGACCCGUCCUGGGCUCCGCUGACCCUGUGUCGUUACCCCCAGAGGCAGCCUGUGAGGAUGCGGACGAAGAUGACUAUGACGAAGACUAUAACAACGAGGGCUACUUGGUGGUGCUUCCUGACAGGGACCCGGCCACCAGCACUGGCAACGCCGUCUCACCGGCUCCUGUGUCCAGCAAACCUGGCCUCCGAGACAGCGCCUUCUCCAUGGAGUCGGGGGAAGAUUACGUGAAUGUUCCUGAGAGUGAGGAGAGUGCCGACGCAUCUCUGAAUGGGAGUCGGGAAUACGUGAACGUGUCCCAGGAGCUGCAGCCCGGGGCGAAAACCAAGCCUGACACCCAGAAUUCCCAGGAGGUGGAGGACGAGGAAGCUCCAGAUUACGAGAAUCUGUAGCUGAACUGAGGGCCUGCGUGCGGCCGUGCCUGUUCUGGAAUCAGCCUCGCCUGGGAGUGCUGAGCUGGGAGGCUGGCGGUGGCUCUGCGGGGCCCUACUUGGCACCCUGCCCCGGCUGCGGCCUGACAAAAGCCUGAGAAUUUUCCCCCUAAC